GACAUCCACUGACGUUGAUGAUGACAUACGUCGUAGCGUAGUGCAUAUUCUUGAGUGAUUUUGAUGGAUAAUAAAAUUACAGAAAUAGUUUCUUAAUUUUCUUAGAUUUUCACGUAGUUCGAGAACCUUUUUGACUUCACUAGAUAUAUUAUAGAGAAUGAGCAAAGCUUUUUAGCAAUUUACCAUGGACCACCCGGAGACUACGAGCCCAGGCGGUGGUGCUAAAAAGAGUCCUUUUGAUGACUUGGGAAGAGAUGAGUUAAUUAACAAAUGUAAAGGCUUCCUGGCUAUAGCUCAGAAAGCUAAACUUGCCAAAGCAGAGUUGAAUGCUGAGUUAGAAAGCUGCAAAAUACAGUUGGAUAAGAGUGAAAAAGAAAAGAAAACUAUUUCAGAAAGUUUGAAGACUCUUCAAGAGCUUGUUGACUCUCUGACUGAACAGAAACUAAAUUUUAUAACUGAAGUAGAUUCGGCUCAUGGCAAGAUAAGAGCACUUACCACUACAUGUGCUCGCUAUGAGGAAGACAUUAAAAGUUGUAAAGCUGAUGUGAUUGUCAAAGAUAAUAAGAUAGUGGAAAUCAAUAAAAAGAUAUCUGACUUGGAUAUAGAAGUAACUUCACUUAAGAGACAGAAUAACAGGCUCUUGGAGGAAAAUGAACAACUCUUGGGUCAACUCACUGAAUUUGAAGCUAGAUCAGCCGAGUUUAACAACAUUGGAAUGCAGCAAAGAGAACAACUAAAAAUCCUGGAAGAAAGUGUCCAUACAGAAGAACAUUAUAAAACUCAAAUUGAAGAAUUAAACAAUCACAUAAAGCAAUUGGAAGGUAAAAUUCAAAAUAACAUAGAUUUUGAAGCUAAAUAUAAUGAAACAAACGAAUUAUAUGAAAAUGAAAAAGCAAAGAAGGAGAAAGCAAAUGUAAAAUUGAGGAGCUACAAAGAUAAAAUUUUGAAGUGUGCUGGCUGCAUUAACCAGCUGAAGAACUCAAGAUUUAUCCUUUCAAAAACAGUCAAAGAAUAUUCUGAAAACAUUCCUAAAUGGCAAAAUGAUAUAAUAAAGGCAUCAAAAGUCCUUGACAAACAAAUUAGUCAGCUAAACAACGAAAAUUUGAGUCUUAAAGAAAGACUUGCUCAAUUAGAAAAAGAACUUGAUCAAGUACAACAAAUCAAAAUGAAUGAUAAUGAAACUGACGGUCAGAUAACUGUUUUAACUGAAGAAAAUGGAUUAUUAAAACAUAAAGUUGAUACUUUGGAUCAACAACUAACAAGUAUUACUAAUGAAAAUUCUUAUCUGAAAAGUGAACUAGAUGAAAUGAGGAGCCACCUUGAAGAAGACAAGUUAUUGAAAGAAAGCCUAAAUAAGUGCACUCAGAAGCUAAAUGAAAUGUCUUAUAAAUACAAUGAACUGGAAUCAUCCAUGCAAACUCUGAAGCAGGAAAAUGAAACAUUAAAACAAGAGUCUCAAAAUAACAUUCAGGACAAAGAUGUACUGGAUAACUUGAAUUUGCAAAUUAAAGCAUUGGAAAGUGAGAAAUCCAUUUUAGUGAAAGAAAAGCUCAAUGCAAGAGAUAAUGUUGUUGAACUAGAAAAUCAGAAUAGAAUCUUAACAGAUAAAAUUACUAAAUUGAAGUCAGAAUUGCAAACUGUAAAAUCUCAGUUGGAAUAUGUGUUACAAGAGAAGGAAGCUUUUGAAAUUAAAUUCAAAGCAGAUAGGGAAAGUGAAGUUAAUUUAUUAAAAUGUAAUAUAAUGGCUCAGCAAGAACAAUUUAAUUUGUUGAAAAAAGAACAUGACGAUUUACAAGAUUUGAAUGGGCUUCUGAAAGAAGAAGUAGAGACUUUAAAACUCUCUUUGGAGCAGCCUAAAGAUGAUAACUUAUCUGAUUUAAAUGUUUCUCUGCAAACAGACAUAGUAAAGUUAGAGACUAAACUUGCAGCAUAUAAACAGGAAAAUGCAUCUCUCUUAUCAGAAAUCAAGGAAGCACGAGCCAAAUCGAAAGAAUGUGAUAGCGUUAUGGCCGAUUAUGAAGACGCCAAAUCAAAAUUAGCUAGUUACAAAUCCGAAAAUACAGAACUGUUAAACGAAAUGAAAGAAAUAAAUCAGGUAUUGAAAGAACGUGGUGAGGCUAUAUCGAAGCUACAAAAAGCUGUUUCCGAAAUGGAGAAGUUAGUAGAAACGUAUGAAAAGGAUAGAGAUAGUGUUAAUGAGGAAAAAAUUCAACUCCUCAAAAAGAUUGAAACCCUUGAAAGUGAGAUUAAAGACGCCGAGCAAAAAACUAAUGAAAAUAAGGAAGCCGCUAAUUACGUUAAUCAGGAAAUUGAGAAUGCUCUGAAGAAUUUGUCUUUGAAAGAUGGUAUUAUUUCAUCUUUGAAAGAAGAAGUAGAGAGGCUUAAACAGCAACAGAUAGCAUCAGCAGAUUUGCCGAAUGAAGACAUGUCAACAUCAACCAUAUCAAAAGCUGAAGAACAUUCUCGAAUGAAAGAUCUUGAUGAAACAUUUGAAGAAAAGUAUACCAAGUUGAGGAUAUUUGCUUUGAAACUCAAAAAGAAAUUGAAUGAGACUACAAGUCAAUUGCAGCAAGCCGAAAAAGAUAAAGCCAAGCUUGAGAAGUUGCUUAGUGAAAAUAAACCUGUUGUUGAAAAGGAUGAACUUGAUAGUCCAAAAGCAGAAAGCGUUGCUGUAACUGCAAGUGAAAGAAUUGAACUGGAGGACAGAGUCCGGAGUCUUACGGCGGCUCUUGAUGCUACCAAAAAUGUAACUACCGAAGUAGAGAAGUUGAAAGCCGAACUGGUUUGCAAAACACAACAGCUAUCAAGUGAAAUAGAAGCUCAUAAAGUCACGAAAGAAAACUUAGAGAAAGCCAAACGUGAUAUAAAGAAGAAGAAUGUUCUGAGCCUGGAGAUGGAAGAUUAUGAGAGAUCUAUGAAGGAGUUGUCAAAUAAAAUGGAAGAGAGCAAGAAAAAGAUGAUGCAGAUGGAAUCCACAAUAGACACGCAGGAAGGAACAAUCACUGCAAUGAAAACGCAAAUAAAAUUACUCGAGGAACAAAUCAAGACUGAAGAAAGACAGAACAGGCUGGUGAAAGAAGAACUGCAGCACGCUAUCGAAGACGGAAAAGAAAAAGAAAACUUAAUACAGAUGAAAAAUAAUAUCGUUUCAAAGUUAGAACAAGAUCUUGAAGAUGAAAAACGAAAGAAUGAGGAGUCUGACUUCGAAAUGACCGCACUACUUAGCGAUAAAGAAAAAGUCAUAAUGUCCUUAGGCGAAGAUAAGGCAGAGCUCAAUAAUAAGGUUAAGAAACUAGAGUUCAAAUGUUCCGAACUUAAUGAAAAGUUGAGGAUUACGAAUAUAGAGUUGGCUGAUUUGAAGACAGAGUAUACUAGUUACAAGGUGAGAGCUCAAGCUGUGUUACGUCAGAACCAGACUGUGGACCACAGUCAAGAGGAGCAGUUGAAAGAGGAAACGGCCGCCCUGCGAGCGCAGAUAGAAACGCUGACAGCUAAACUAACAACUGCACAGGAUCAACUAGUUGAGAAAACAGCAGAGGUGGAGAGUGCCCGUCGUCGCGUGGCCGAGGCUACUAACGAAGCAUCGCGCGCGCAGCAGCGGACCACGCGGUUACACGCCGACCUCGCGCGGCUCUCGCAACAGAUCGAAUCUGAACGGACGCAGAACAAGCUACAGGUUUCCACCUUAACACAAUGCUACAAAACUCAAAUAAGUGAGCUGGAGGCUAAGCUUCAGAAGGAGACGGAAGUGUUAAGAAAACAGCUGAGCACGGCUGAAGAGAGGCGGAAAACUGGCAACGUCGCUAUGACCUCACUCGAUGACGCCAACCGCAACCAAUACAUGUUGCCAGUUAUACCGAAGGAUGAGAGUAGCGAUGGAGAAAUGGAUAUCAAUGUCUCUAUGAUUCCGAGGGAGGAAGGCGAGGGUUCAGAGUCAGCUCCGUCGCCGCCUCCUUCGAAGCCGUACUUAGUAGGGGGAGGCAGUGGAAGGUCUCCAGUACCUUUAGAGAGGUUGCUGGAGGAGGGCGUGCCUGAUGACGAGACCAUGGACACGUCUUCACUCGCGCUCACGCCCGACCAGGAGAUAGCUGACCUCAAACGUAGAUUGAAUGCUCAACACCAAAGGGUGAAGCACGUGACGGUGCUGCUGUCGGAGUCGGAGCGCGAGUGCGCGCGCAUGGCGCAGCUCAGCGACCUGCUCAAGGCGGAGCUGCGGCGCGUGCGCGGCGCCACCGCCAACGCGCACAACACCGAGUACAUGAAGAACGUCACGCUCAAGUUCCUGACUUUACCGCCUGGUGACGAGCGUAGCCGGCUCGUACCUGUCUUACAAAAGAUACUUACACUGACCCAAGAAGAGACACACAAGAUAAAUGCGGUCGCUAAAGGAAUGGAUCCAAACCCAAGCAAAGGUUGGGGAAGCUACCUGCCCUGGCCAGGAGGGAAAUAAUACUUACCAAAAUGAUUGUAUUAGGUCUAGGAGACUACAAUGAUAGUAGAAAUUACGCUAGCCAUGAUGCAUACAAUAGAAAUAUAUAAAUUAUCUGUGAUUCUACCUUGACGAAUUCCUUCUUUAAAUUUCAGAACUUUAUUUGCAUUUAAGGUUAUAAUUAAUAAUUAUGUAUUCUUUUACAUAAUAAUAUAUUAGUUGGUUCGAUCAUGUAUAAUUACUUUUUGGUAGGUUUUAUGACUGGGUAUGGAAAGAGAAAUCUACUUUGUCCAUCAGUCAGAUAUUGCAAACCUACUUGACGUCACAGUUUUGCACAAGCUAUACUAAAUCCUGACGUCAUCUGAAAUUUCGAGUCUUUAUAUCGCAAGUGUUUGUUUAGUCCAAAAAGCAAUAAAAAGUGCCCAAUAUUUCUGUUAAAGUAUUUGACGGACACAAAAGAGUCAUCAACCUAAUUGUAUUUACUAUGAUAGAAAUUUAAAAAUAAAUGUAAAAAGUUAGAGAGACAAUUUAGAAUAUUAUUAAAUUAAUAUUACUAUUAUUAUUCAAAUAGGGAUUUUCUAUACGUCGAAUUGUGUCGGUAUAUUUAUAUAGCUAUCACAAAGUGAAAGGUGAUGAUGAAAUAUUGUUUUUUUUUUAUAAUUGGUGUUCGAAUUUCCGACGUGAUGUAAUAUAAUUAGUUAUUACCUCCAUUAGUAGGUUAAUAAUUAGACACAUUAUGCGAGCUCAUUUUUUAAAAAAAAUAUUGCAUCUUGAUUACCACAGUUCUUUAUAUCAUUGUUAUGUAAUAUUUAUCAGGUCAUAAACAUAUUAUUUAAAAAAAAAUAUUAUUAAAUUUAAGAAUUGUUUUGUUUUGAUACGAAUGAGCCAUCGUUUCCACAGUAAUCGUUAGGGAAAAUGUAAUCAGCACGUUAUCCUUUCUAUCAGUUACAAUAACAUUCCGCGGGUCUUUGCUCAUUAUUGUAAAGUCCAUCCGCACGAGAAUUUAUAUCUAAUCUUCGAAACUGCGUUCUAUUUUAUCUUAUUGUGUGGAAAUAUCAUAUUAUCUAGUGUUAAUAAAUAACUUUAAUUGUCUUCUUUAAUUUAUGAAUUUUUGUCAUGUUUAAUUAUGUCUCCUUUAAUUUAUAUUUUUCUUGACACACUAAAUGAGAUAUUUGGAUAUAAAUAUGUAUUAUUUGGUUAGUUACUAGCCACUAAGCUUGAUUCGCCACUUACAUUUGAUGAGCAGGAUUUGCCUGUUUUUUCAACGUAUACUGUCAUUAAUGCGUUUGCCUUUUCUAUCAAGGCUUUGUCACCUAAUUUGACGAAACUUGUACGUUGUAAUUAUAUUAUAUUUAUCUAAUUUUCAUUAUUCAUUAGACUAAAAUCUCAUACCACUCACUAUAUCUACACAAUAUUUAGAUUUUUUGCUUUUAAAGAGCUUAUUUAAUAUUCCUAUUUUUAAAAUAAAUAUAACUGAGAUGCAUUGAAGUAUUCGUUUGAAUUUAAUCAUAAGUUAUUAAAAAAAUAUGUUUAAACAAUUAAAUGAUUAUGAUAUAA